CGGGCUGUUUAGAGGAGCGUCCGUAGCCUGCCAGCACACGCCGAGGCUCCGAGCGGCGCGCUCAGGUCUCCAGCCAUGGCCCCUGCUCCGCCCCGCGCCGCCUCCUUCUCGCCCUCCGAGGUCCAGCGGCGCCUGGCGGCUGGCGCGUGCUGGGUCCGCCGCGGGGUCCGCCUCUACGACCUCACCAGCUUCGUGCAGCACCACCCCGGGGGCGAGCAGCUGCUGCGGGCGAGGGCCGGCCAGGACAUUAGCGCCGACCUGGACGGGCCACCGCACAAGCACUCGGCCAACGCGCGCCGUUGGCUGGAGCAGUACUAUGUGGGAGAGCUGCAAGGGGACCCUCAGGGUUCCAUGGAGAGUGAGGCUGUAGCGUCUGAGGAAACGCAGAAGACAGACCCUGCCAUUGAACCACGGUUCAAAGUGGUGGAUUGGGACAAGGACCUGGUGGACUGGCAAAAACCUCUCCUGUGGCAGGUGGGCUACUUGGGAGAAAAAUACGAUGAGUGGGUCCACCAGCCAGUGACCAGACCCAUCCGCCUCUUCCACUCAAACCUCAUUGAGGCCCUCUCCAAGACUGCCUGGUACAGUGUCCCCAUCAUCUGGAUGCCCCUGGUGUUAUACCUCAGCUGGUCCUACUACAGAACCCUGGCCCAGGGCAGUGUCCGACUCUUCACGUCUUUCACGUCAGAGUACUCGGUGCGAGUGCCGGAGUCCGUGUUCCCUGGCCUCUUCAUGUUGGGCAUCUUCCUCUGGAGCCUCAUAGAGUACCUCAUCCACCGCUUCCUGUUCCAUAUGAAGCCCCCCAGCAACAGCCAUUACCUCAUCAUGCUGCACUUCGUCCUGCACGGGCAGCACCACAAGGUACCUUUCGAUGGCUCCCGCCUGGUCUUCCCCCCUGUGCCAGCUUCUCUAGUGAUCGGCAGCUUCUACGCAGUCUUGCGGCUCAUCCUGCCUGAAGCGGUGGGGGGCACGAUAUUUGCAGGGGGCCUCCUGGGCUACGUGCUCUAUGACAUGAUCCAUUACUACCUGCACUUUGGCUCGCCGCACAAAGGCUCCUACAUGUACAACAUGAAGGCCCACCACGUGAAGCACCACUUUGCACAUCAGAAGUCAGGAUUUGGCAUCAGCACUAAAUUGUGGGAUUACUUUUUCCACACCCUCAUCCCGGAAGAAUCCCACCCGAAGACGCAGUGACAACUCCCAGCCCUUCCGUCCUGCCCCCAGCUUGGCCCUGGACCCUGCCGGGACCCCUCCCUCCCAUCCAGACCCUGCUAAGAAAGUUGGCUCGGCUGGGGCAGGACUACCCUCCCCACCCACCCCAGGAGGGUCUUGUCCAUACAAUGUCCAGAUGGCCCUCAGGACCAGGUCUUUCCUGGAGCAUCCUACCUAGAGCAGACCCCACAGGACUGCCUCAGGACCUGGCCAACAGUAGCAGCCCCAAGGGGAAUGAAGAAAACUGACCCCUGGGGCCACACCAGUGUCCCACCUAUGCCUGAGUGCCUCAGGCUCCCUAAAAGCUUCCCCUCGAGGUCUGGCUGUGUGUUCACAGCCAGGAAGGAGAGUCUGGGGGACUGUGGCCCCACCUUUCCCUCCUGCCCUUCCUGGGGAGGGUUUGGUGGCUCUCAGGUGGAGAAGGACUCUCAUAAGAAGAGACAGCAUGAAGCCUCCCACGAGCCAGCCCCAAGUGCUGGGGCAGCCCCGCUGGCCACUGCCAACGCAAAUGCCAGCUGUACUGCCAGUGCCCCAGCGGCCACGCAUCGGUGCUCACGUAGCCAACCCUCUCCUGCCUGUGCCAUCCGGUCCCUUUUAGAACCACUGGCUUUCCUGCCUCCAGAAUCACAACCUUCUCCCGAGAGCAGUGGAAGAGGCACCUGCAUUGGUGGCAGCCCCACCCAUCCCCGGCUGUUCUUGGUCUCCACCUGUCACAGGUGGGCCCCGCCCCCCCAUUCAGGCCCCUCCCAGCAGUGCCUUAUCUCCCUGACAGAUGAGGUUCCUGACCCUUCCUCCUUGUAACCAAAACCCUCACUGCUCUGAAGAGGGUCUUAUUUAUAAGCAAUAUAAAUAUUCUUUGGGCCCAGACCAAGUAACUGGUCCAAUGGCUCUUUCUAAUCCUACAUGUUGAGCUUGUGUAAAAAAUUGUUUUGUCCUGUUUUUUGUUCUCUUCUUACCCACAAACCAUUACUACUUGAAACUUUUUAAAAACUCGCUGAGCGUAAAAGCUUAAAAGAAGCAGUUUGACCGAUAUUGGGAUUUGUACUGUUUACUGCAGAGCUAUUUAAAAAUUUUGGAAUAAAUAUACAAAACUACAGUGGUGAAAUAAAAAUUAAAUAAAUUGUAUAUUUUGAAAAAUAAAACAUUGAAAAGAAAUCAACAAA